CCAUUGUUACUGAAGUUAUUGGAAUCGCUGUUUUCUUCAUCUUGGAGUUAGUUUUUUUUUUUUAUAUAUUUGCUUCUCUUUCUUCCGAGUAUGAUUUUGCUGUUAUUACUAGAGGUUUCAGAGCCGUCGUUACUGGAGUUAUUGGAGUCGCUGUUUUUGGUGUAGCAUUGUUGUGA